AUGGGAGAUAACCAUGGCUAUAUGCAAUUGAUGGAAACUACACCACCCAGGGUGACGCCUUAUACAAGAGAUGCCAAAAAAGAUAAAGAAUCUUUAAUUGUGACUACCCACUUGGAGGAAAUGUUUAUGGCAGAAUACGUGUAUAAGUCCCACUUUGUCUGUAUAAAGGACAAGGACACUUUGGCAAACUUGGUGUUGCUAAUGACACUGAACUUUGAUGUGAUACUAAGGAUGGACUGCCCAGUAUCAAAAGAGGUUAUGUCAAAUGUGGCCACUAGAGAAAUGUCAAGACAAGAAGGCCUAAGGUGUCUAGCAAAGGCAAGAGAUGCUUUAAUGGAUGAUGAGAGUGUGGAUUAUGUACAGGUAGUGUGUGAGAAUUUGAAUGUAUUUCCAGAUGAAUUGCUUAGAUUGCCUUCCAAAAAGAAGAUUGAAUUUUAUAUAGAUUGGAUUAUAGAUAUGAAGCGAAUUUAUAUCCCUUUACAUCGAAUGGCACCAGCUAAAUUAAAAGAGCUUAAGGAGUAG